AGUUGGGCAAUUAAAAAAAUUGAAUUUUCGGUUAGUUUGGUUUUCUAUAUUUUUAACCAAAAACUAUAAAUUUAGAUCAAAAUCAAACAAAAUACAAACCGAAAAAACAUAAUUUGAUCAAAAUUUUCAAAUUUUAACAAGAAACUUAACUAAAAUCGAAUAUUUCAGUUAAUUUCAGUAAAAAAAAAAAUUUGAAACCGAAUUAACAAGAAACCAAACUGAACCAAUUUUUUUUUGGUUAGAAUUUAGCGAGAUUUCUUCGAAUAAAAAAAUAACCGAAUUCUAAAGCUCAGCCUCAGUUCCUUCCUCAAUGACUGGCAAGCCAAGCUCGCUCUGGUCUCGUUUCUUCUGCCUCUCGGUUCAUGUGACAAUGUACCUCAACGAUUGUCAAAGAACUGAUUUCUAUGAAGGUAUUGGUUUAAACACAAAGGAGUUCGACAUGCACAUCAUCAUUGAGACAAACCGAACCACGGCUAGAAUAUUCCCGGCUGUGCUGGAUGUUGAGAACCCUGAGUUCAAGAGGAAGCUAGAUAGAAUGGUUGUGAUCAAUGAGAAGCUGAUGGCUGUAGGACAAACAGACGAUCCUUCCUUUGUCAAGAACCUCAAGAGGAUUCCUCUCAUUGCUGGUUUAGUAUCUGAGAUCUUGGCUGCUUAUCUCAUGCCUCCUGUUGAGUCUGGAUCUGUUGACUUUGCUGAGUUUGAGCCUAAUCUUGUCUAUUAA